AUGCUUCAAAUGAAAAAAAAAAAUCAGAUGCUUCAAUCUAGGGUUUGAAGAUCAACAUCUUAUAUUCCUCACUCUACUUUUUCUCUUUCCCCUGCAGCUACGAAUACUAAUUCACGCCAAAAAUGGUGCAAAGACUAACCUACAGGAAGCGCCACAGCUAUGCCACUAAAUCCAACCAGCAUCGCGUCGUCAAGACUCCCGGGGGGAAGCUAGUGUACCAAACCACGAAGAAGAGGGCAAGCGGCCCUAAGUGCCCUGUCACUGGAAAGAGAAUCCAAGGGAUUCCUCACUUGAGACCUGCCGAGUACAAGAGGUCUAGACUAUCCAGAAACAGGAGGACUGUGAACCGUGCUUAUGGUGGAGUGUUGUCUGGUGGUGCUGUGAGAGAAAGGAUCAUUAGAGCUUUCUUGGUGGAAGAACAAAAGAUUGUUAAAAAGGUAUUGAAGAUACAGAAGACAAAGGAAAAGGCUGCUGGCAAGAGUUAAGUGUGAGUCAUGUGCUGAGAUAGUUUUGGACAUGACUCAUGAGUAGCCUAGAGGAAUCAUGAAACUAUACUGGGAGUUUUAAGCUUGAUCUGUAUUUUUCAUUGGGUUCUUUUGAAUAUCACUUCUACCAACUCAUUUUGGAUUUCCUUUGUCAUUUCAAAGUGUCUAGUUAAUCUGUCAUUCGUGGCUGUUUAUGUUAAUAGAGUAUAAUUUUCUCAAA